AUGACCCCAGCCCAUUCAUUUGUCUACUACACGUAUCCGUCUUCGCCUGAAUCAACAGUUUCAGAGCCUAAAGAACUCUUAUCAGAAUGCUCUUCAAUGCCACCACAUCACUCGGAAGACAACUUAAAAGAAUCUCCACCAAAGAAAAGACGGCAACAAAGCGGAUACGCCUGCAACAAGUGCCGUGAGAGGCGAGUUGGAUGCGAUCGGAACAAGCCUUACUGCGGCCAAUGUAGAAAAACGUGGGAAUGCAUCUACAGUAAUGAUGGGCCAAGAUCAGAAAGUAUCUCUAUGCGACAAAGGUUAGACGAUAUUCAGGCCACAGUUCAAACUAUGUCUGGCUCCCUCGGAUUUAUCGAGCAGAAAUACCACAAUACAAUAUCCCGUUUAUUGGUCCAAAUACAACCACAAGUCCAACAAGGGCAUGUAGGACAAGAAGGGGACGCUUCCAGUAACUACCCUGCCAAAAUAUCAGAGAACGAAUUGACGGUUUCCAGCUGGGCUGCAAACGUUGGCUGGCCAGUUGUGACCAGAAAAGAUGGCACCCAAUCUAUUCAGACAAACUUUCAUAUUUUGGAAGAGUUAAAAGAGGCCAUGAGGCAAGCAGUUCGGAUGAGCCAUGCUUAUUAUAACCCAUCUCCUCUUUCGUACAUGGUCCGCUCAGAAUCACCAACUAGCGAAGCACGCAUACGAAUUAAUAACCUUUUAUCAUUUUCUUUAUUCGAACGUCUCGGGCGUUUAGAUCGUCCAGAAAAUGAACAAACAAUUGAUAAAAAUAUAAACCCAGCCGAGAUUAUGUCAAAGAAUGUUACAGAAAGUCUUAUCCACCAAAACCACCAAUGUGGCUUUCCUAUCCUUGUCAGUCCCACACGUUUUGAAGCAUACCACAGCCAAGGUCGUAUAAAUUCACUUGUUAUAUCAUCUGUUCUUUCCCAUGCCGUGCCUCAUAUUUUCAAUUACCAUCCUCAUAUCUUAUGCUUAAACAAUUCUCAACAACUCGGAGAGAUAUUUUACAAAUACUCUCGUGAAUCCUUACAAUAUGACGAUGCAACACUGACAAACAUACACCAGAGAACCUUGUUAAUAACCUAUGAUCUCGAUUUGGGACGAGUUGAGAGGGCGUACUUACAUCUAGGUAUUGCUGCCCGGAUGUGCUUUGCUUUAGACCUGCAUUCUUUGAAGGGAUAUGUAAAUUGCAAAACACCUUUUGAGAGAGAACAAGCAAAACGUAUAUUUUGGACCGUCUGGUUCCUUGAUUCUAUGGUCCCACAGCUUUACAAAAAACCCUCUUCUAUACCUCCAUCAAGUAUCACAGUAGAACCUCCAACCGUACUACUAGAUUUUAGCUUUACAGAAGCAGAACAGGCUCGCUUUGUUAUUAGUAUAAUUGGUAUCAGGCGACUUUCAUCUGAGCUGUACAUAUCGCAAAAUAAAGCAGAAAUUGCCGAAGAAGCUCAACUUGAUUCAUUAAAGGCUGAUGAAGAACGCCUCAGGGAGUUUUAUCGUACACUCGACCCUCAAAAUCGUUAUGCUUAUGCAAAUCAAAUGACCGGAUUAAAAACUACCCAGUGGAGCCGCCGAACAUUUUACUGUGUAUUAUUGGAUUUUUGCCAAUCUUGGAUUACGCUUUAUCGACCAUACUUGCCGUUAGAUACCAAUGACUUGUUUGAUAUUCAUCGUGAAGCUGUAUUACGAACUUCGCAAGCCGCAAUUGCUAGUGUAAUUCUGUUUGACCGUUGGUUUUCUGCAUCUAUCGAGUCCCCGGAUGGAUUUGAUUGUUUCUUUCGACCUUACUUAUAUCAUUAUAUGGCUUCAAUCCAAACGCUUAAAUUAAAUAUUUCACAUCCUGAAUGGAUGUCCGAAGAGCUGGUCCAACAGAGUCGAUACUUUCUUGUGAGGAUGCUAAAGAUGUAUCAAAAGACACCUACCUACAAAGCCUUUAAAGAAAGCCAAUUAGAGAAGGAAUUGUUUGCUUUCAUGAACGAAUAUAACAUCACAUUAGAUCAAGCCUGUCCAUCCCAAGAUCCAUUGGCCGAUAAUUGUUAUGCAGACGGAGGUUGGGGGAUUUUCUUCCUGGGUCCAAUGGUAGACGGACACAUGAAUAUGGCUUUUACACAAGACGAAAUGACGCGCUACUCUUGUACAAACAUGAAUAUGAACACAAACUCAGAGUCAGGGCUUGACUUCUGCUACUUUUGA